GAGGCGGUAUUGGGGGGGAUGUGUGAGUUAGAUGAUUUCACGGAGCUGUAGCAGGCCCGGGGGAUUGUGCAAGAGGGGAGCAAUGGGUCGCGGCAAGAUUGAGAUCAAGAGGAUCGAGAAUGCGACGACAAGGCAGGUUACCUUUUCCAAGCGCCGUGGGGGGCUCCUGAAAAAAGCGCGCGAGCUAGCGAUUCUGUGCGAUGCCGAGCUCUCGGUUAUCAUCUUCUCCAGCACCGGCAAAUUGUUCGAGUAUGCGAGCUCCAGCAUGAAGGACAUCCUGGAGAGGUACAGCAAGUGCCCUGAGAGGAAUCCCAGCAGCCCGCUGGAUGUUGAUCUCGAUAACGACUACUGGAAUCAGGAAGUGGCAAGGCUCAAGCAGAAAAUCGAGCAACUGGAGAACACAAAAAGGCAUAUGAUGGGCGAGGAACUCACUUCUCUGACGGUGAAGGAGCUCCAGGAGCUGGAGCGAAUGACUGAGAACGGAUACAAUGAGAUCCGAGCGAGAAAGUUGACACUGGUGAACUUGCAGGAGUCGCUUCUCAUGGAAGAGCUCGAGGAGCUCCGGCGAAAGGAGCGUGAGCUGCAGGACGAGAACACUCAACUUCGCGAGCAGGUCGAGGCAGUGGAAGGGAUAGGAAGUCACACGCUACGUUCGUUUACAGUGCUGACCGAAGCCCCAAGCCCUUCGGAAACAAGGGAACCCACGACGAUCACACCGGGAGCUCAAGCUCAGGACAACUUGAGGGACGAGUCCGACACCUCUUUGCAACUCCGGUUAUACGUUGAUACGAAUGGAGAUGCCAGUCCCAGCUCCAAUGGACACAACAAAGGAGAGUGGAGCACUUGAAGCAAAGGACCCACCCCUGCAGCAUAUACUAUUACUAUUACUUCAAGAAAGCUUUGGUGAUUUGACUGGAAAAAUAACAUUACAGAAACAGAGAAUUAGCGUUUCUUGA